AUGUCUACCCCACCAAACGAAAUCUCCGAGUCCCAGUCCCCGCCCCAGCAACCUACUACCGAUUCAGAAACCGAAAUGCCGCUCAUCAACUGCGAAAAGCUCGAAGUCUACAAAAGCAAGUUGAGCCUACCUGCUGUGUAUCUCUCAACGGGCCUCAAAGCCCUAUUCCGAGGCUCUGACGGUGCGGAAACAUGGCAUCGUGAAGUUUAUACCAGCAUCUCACGGCGGAAUGCAAUGAACGGCCCAGAGAGUCCAGAGCAACGGCGGGAGAGGUGGCCGAGUACGAGUGAUGUGGUGGAUGAGUAUUGUAAGAAAGAGAAUAUCCGGAUAGAGACAGUAGAGUUGGUACAUGGAGCAAAGCUGCAUUUAGUUGGUGAGAGGAGCAGCGAGGGAAAGGUUAUUCUGUGGUAUCAUGGUGGGGGGUAUGUAGGACCUCUAAAGUCAGGACAUGUAAUAUUCCUGAUGCAGUGCGUAAAGAGGCUAGAGGAGAGCGGGAAAACGGCCGUACUUUGUAUCGUAGAAUACGGACUUGCUCCAGAAGUCAGGUACCCCGUUCAGUAUAUUCAGGGUGUAGAAGCCGUCAGGCAUCUUCUCAACGAAGCAAAAUAUGAACCUUCCGAUAUAAUAAUUGGGGGCGACUCAUCCGGCGGAAACCUAGCCCUCGGCGUUAUUUCUCAUAUUCUCCACCCUCAUAAGGACAUCCAGCCACUAACACUCGGCUCCAAAGACUUUGGUGGCAUACUCCUAUUAUCACCAUGGGUAACCUUUGAAAACACAGCCAAAUCGUUCAAAGAGAAUGCUGAGAAGGACUACCUUUACGCCGAAAACGCUGCCGCAUGGGCCCCCAGCGAGUUCUGCGAUCACGCGGAUUACAACUCGUAUAAUGUUCCUUUAUCCGCAGACCCAAGUUGGUGGACAGGAUUCCCAGGAGCGAAGACACUACUCGUAUGUGGUGAGUGGGAGCUAUCACGAGAUGACAUUAAGGAGAUUGGUGAGAGGAUGGGGAAGGGAGGAGUACAGGGUUUGACGGUGGAAAGUUGCCCGAAGGAGGUGCAUGCCGCGUGUAUCUUUGAUGCCCAGUUUGGUUUUAAGCCUCAAAUUAUGGCAAAGACUGUGUUUGGGUGGCUUGUGACAGUGUUUAGUUAA